CGUUAAUAAUUUAUGUGUUUUGGCCAUUCGUUUUUGAGAGAUAAGCGGUGAGGCGUUUAGUAGUUUCAUUAUUGUUCUGAAACUUUUGCAGGAAGAAUGGUUAUUUUGUGUCUCUAGAAAAAAAUGUAUUUCUAAACACACUGUUAUUCCAGUUACUGUUUUGUUGUUUUUUUAAAUUGGAACUAGAUUGUGCAGACGUAUACACCAUACUAUAUUAUAAAGCGAUAGGAUUUGAAAUAGCGCCGAGUAUAGUCUUGUGGAAGCACGCUGUUAUCCCAGUCCCUAAUAUUUGACUGUAUUUUUAAUUUUACAGUUAGAACUACCUUGUGUAGAUGUACAUUUGUAUAUAAAAUACUAUAUUUGAAAUAGCGCGUAGGUGGGCUGAGAUUUUAGUUGCGUCUGGAUAUAAAUAAAGGCACAUGGUGAUUGGUAGAAAACGAGAAGCGAUAUCAACACAGUCAAGUGCCUGACUUAUCAAUUACACCUGUUAAACGAGUUAUUACAUUUGAAAUAAUCAUCUACCUAGCAGUUGUUGUUUUAAAAUCGUAGUGUCCAAUAUUUCGGGAUAGCGGAGUUACCAGGAAAUCUCGAGUGCAAAAAUGGCUGACGUACAAGAAAUAGUAAUGACGGCUGUAAAUCAGAAUGGAAAGUCCCGUAUGAGAUUAGAGCGGAAGUUGAAAAGGGAUAUAGACAUAAGUCAAGUCCACCAUAUUGCCGGAGGUCCAUAUAAGGGAAUACUUGUCAACAAGACCGCAACAUCCAUGGACACUGUACGACCGGCUGAAGGACGUUUAGAAUUUUUAGCCUAUAUCAGGGACAAGGAAAACGGCAAUGGAGGAUCAAAUCAGGAUUACUGGACUUUACGUUUCUGGUUUCCACAGUUGUCUCUCAUCAACAAGAAUCGUGUAAUGUCCGACUAUUUCAAGGAACUUGUCAACCCUAAAAACAUGCCGAGAAAUUAUAUUGGAUUUGUAAAGAGAGCUUUGGUUGUUUUACGGGAAUUUGACCAGAUACAGAGAGUGGAGUUAGAAGUUGAGGAAACAAAGGAACCCGCCCUAGAUGAUUCUUUUGGACCUAUCCAAACUUUCAUAAGCGUAUUUACUCCCGAGUCGUUCACAUACCAGUUUGUUCCGGAAGUCACAGUCUCCAACAAAACUUUCUUGUCAUUCCGUGUCAAAGCUUCACAGGAUGCCCACAUUGCCUUAAGCGCAAUUUAUGGCGACGUAGAUCGCAAAACUUAUGAAAUUGUGCUUGGAGCAGAUGGUAAUAAAGCUUCGUACAUUAGAGAUGGGUCGUUAGGAGCCACGAAAGCUGAAGCGAAGACUAUCAACAUUAUAAAAGAAGAUGACUUCCGGUAUUUCUGGAUUAGUUGGAAGGAUCAUCGCGUGGAAGUUGGUCGAGGAACAGUGAAUGGACAAGAACGUUUCAUGACAUGGGUAGUUCCUGAAAAUAGAAGAUUUAACGUAAAUUGUAUCUCCGUAGCAACCAGUAGAAAAUCGAAAGGAGAGUGGGAAUUUACUGAAAUAAUGGAUGAAUAUCCAGAAGAAAACAAAGUAAAACAACCUGACCCAGCAAAGGAAGCAAGACGAGCAAAAGUAAAAAUUCAGAUUUUAUGGAUAGCGAAGAAACAGCGUAUGUUGCAAUGCCUUGAAGAUGCUUAUCCGAAUACCAUCAAAACCUCUAAUAUAUUCCAAUUGUGUAAUAUACGUCAAGGAGAUGUUAUAUCAGCUGCGGUAGUUUUAAAAGAUUUACAGAAACGAGGCUUGAUAAGGGAGAUAACUGCGGGUGAAUGGGUUAGAAUACCAUCAGAAGAAGAAGCCAAUCGUCAUGAAGUUAAAAUAGUUCAGAAGUUACCACAAAUGCCCGAACGAGAUGAACCGAGAAUUGCCAUAAUAACAGCGUUAUAUUGCGAGAAGUUGGCAGUGGAUGCUAUGGUAGAAGAUAAAAUCACGUACAUACAACAUGAGAAAGGAUCAGAAGGCGAGUCACAGGUUUAUACUCUUGGUCGUAUUGGUAAGAGUGUGGUCGUAUCUACAAAAAUAUCUCGACAAGCGGACAAACAAAACGAUUUAACAGCCGCCGAAACAGUUUCAAAACUACUUGAAACUUUUAUCCAGGUGAAACACGUGUUAUUGGUGGGCGUUGGCGGAGCUGUACCAUCAUACAACAAUUACAACAAACAUGUCCGACUCGGGGAUGUCGUCGUUUCCGUUCCACGUGACAACGGAGCCAUUUAUGUAUACUGUUCUAAAAUAGACAAAGUUCCAAAUUCGCUCAGAUAUAAUUAUUCAGCUGAAGAAUAUAGACCACAUGACCAAACGUUAAUAGACGCGGCCCGGUCUUUACGACAUCAAGCGGAAACACGACACCGUGGUGCGAAACCGUGGGAAACGUACAUGGAAGAAGCAAUGGAUAUUUUGAAGGGACAAGAAUCAAAUUUUCAUCGUCCAUCAAUUCGCACAGAUCGUUUAUAUUUUACCAAACAAGAUAGGACAGUAAUCCAGUGCGACCAUCCCCGACCAACGGACCCGACUUAUAAAGACGGACAAACCCGAAUCAGCUACGGGGCCGUAGCAGCCGGUAAGCUGGUGGCAUACACACCGGAUCUUCGUUUAGACUUUGCUAAUUCUAAUGACAUUAAGUGUUUUGAUAGUGGUUUUAAUAGUAUUUUGGAUCGCCUUGACGGAAGUAAGAAGGAGAGUUAUCUUCUCAUUAGAGGAAUGAGUGAUUACGUGGAUGGCAGUAAGAAAGAAUGGCAGUGUUAUGCAUCACUUGUGGCAGCAGCUUAUAUGAAGGCAUUAAUUUUGACUCUUUAAUUAAUAGUGUAGUAAAGGCGUGUGUACGUUGAAAAAAUGAAAAUAACGGAUUUCCAGCAGUGUUACAAAAAGCUAGAUCGCCAAGAAUCUUCCCUUGUGUGCGAUAUAACUCUUGGUUGAAGCUGGUCUUAAACGCUUACGUAGACGGCCAUACGAAAGAAUGGCAGUGCUAUGCAUCACUUGUGGCAGCGGCUUAAAUGCGAAAGCCUUGAUUUUGACUCUUUAAAAUAGAUCUGAGUUUAAAAUUGAUAAUGUAUUUUUAGCAGUAAUAUAAAACCAGAUCGCAAAGCAUCUUCUCUUGUCUGCGACAUAACCCUCGGUGGAAGCGGACUUUAAGCCCCUCGAACAAACGAAUAAAUCUAAAUUUGCAAGGAUUAAUUAUAAUCCUGCGAGCAACACCAAUCAACGUAUAAGCUACUUAUUUCAUGGUGAGUGUUUAUUGAAAGGAAAUGAAAUCCGACUUUUCUACACAAGACAGGCAUACGUCAUGCAGUUUGCUAUGUGGGAAAACUGACCGCGAAUUCCAACUGUAAAAGGUUCUUUUACGUACACGCAAACGUGUACACAGGGGAUCGGAUUUUUGUUGCAUCCGAAAGACUAGGCUUUGUCCUUGCCAUAUCGCUGUCUUGCACUCGCUGACAAGGGGACACCACACGGUGAACUUUCUCGGCCAACACCGGUGGACGCGGAACACCGACUUUUCCAUCCGAUCCCAACUGACAAGGAAUUGAUCACAGGAUGUACCAGCUCAGUGGGCCAUCGAGGCUCCCAUUAUGAAUAGGUGCUUCGUGCAAAUAUUAAAAAUACUAUUAAUACACUGUGUCAAUAUGUCCAUAUAAUUUCUGUAGAGGUAUUUUAUAACAAUAAAUAUUGAGCAUCUUAUGUCUACAUAAUAGUUGUAUCGUGCUUCUUAUGUUUUGAUUUUCUUUUUUAAUUUCAUCCAUUAAUGACAUAAAUAAAGUUAUUGUCGACAAAGAC